AUGAAGGAAAAGGGAAAUCGACGGUUGGUUGUUGACCAACGGAAAGGCAUGGGAGUUGGAAUUCGAACCAACCGGAGAGAGAUUGCUUUUAUCACAGACCAGAAAGCCAGGAUCGAAGCCUGCUUGACCAACGGGAGAAGCCAACUCGGUAAAGCUAGUUUACGGUUCCUUUUCUUGCUUGACGGAGAAGAGAGAAGAACGAGGGUGAAACGCACUUUAGUGACUAGAGAAAGAAGUUCUCUAGGAGAAGCAGUCAUUGAAAAAAUAAGAAAAGAAGGAGCUGAUCCGAUGGAUGAAGAUAACGAUCAACGGAAACUAUCGGCUAUGAAGCUAGAUGGCAUAGAAGAAGGUUAUGCCAAUAUGGAUGGCUUGCCUGGAAACUAG